CUUCUCAUACUGAUGGCAGGGGGUAGGGCUGGUAUAGUCCGGAUUUCGCAUUCGCUAGAGCAAUUUAAGAGUUGGGGGAGGUCGAUAAGAUUGGGGCUGUGAAUGGGAAGUUCUUUACUGAAAAAUGAGAAUGCAAAGGGGGAAAAAACCAAAAGAUCCUGCUAAUUGAAAACGGGGCUUAGGAGAAAAAUAUUUUCAGUGGGGGGAAAAAAAGUAUCACUAAGCCGCGUACUUCUGUUUAUUACUCCAAUUUUAAGAAUCGUUCAGGACCAGGAGACCGUGGCGUGAUUGAAACCUGGAUGGUUCCGUGGAGAUCUUGGCGGCUGGACGUUGUUGCUGCAAAGUCAAACAUCAGUCGGUGAUUUUCUUCGCGUUCUGAGCGAAAAUAGUUGCCUUCCAGCCGAUGAAUCGGACACCUAGGUGCUGAAUUCUGCUUUUGUGUGGAUUUAUAUUUAUUUUUUUUUACUUUCUGAAAAAGUGCAAUGUUUGAUUAUAGCAAGAAUACCGGCACGGGACUUCCCGAUUCUUACUUUUUCUUCUUUUUGGGAGAGCUCUUGUGAAAGUCACAUUUCUAAGACUAGACUUCGCUUUCUGUUGGGGGCCAAAGCCCCCCUCCAGCAUCACGAUUCAAAGAAGAAAAACACUGCACGGCGUUAAGACGCUCUUGAGUUCGCCGUAAAAUUCCACGCAACAUUUUGGGAAGGGGAGACGGGAUACGGACCACUACGUGGAGUUAAAAGAGCGACAAAUCGACACUUUUAAGACGGCUACCACCAAGCUGCAAGAUCAUCUUACAGGCCUGCAUCGGCCGCAACUGCUGCUGAGAUGGCUCUUCACCACCUGGACUACCCAGCACAGGAGUAGUAGCUGUCCAACUUAUCCUAGAGGAAUGAUUCCUUGGGGUCUUCUUGUCUUGCUAGCCCUGCUGGCGCAGUCAGCAUGGGCAGAGGCUCGGCUAGCUGUCAGUGAUCAAGUCCCACCCGGUGCGCGAAUGGAUGCCUAUGUGGUGCGACCAGGAGAACGUGUAGAGCUGCGCUGUAAUCUACGUGAAGAUGUUCAAAGCAUCAACUGGACCAAAGACCUUAAAGCCCUGAGUGAUGGACAACGUACCCGCUUUAAAGAAGAAGUGCUGGAGAUCCAGGAAGCCUUUCAAAGUGACUCGGGCCUGUACGCCUGUGAAGCCAUCGGCCCAUCUGGCAGUGAAACCACCUAUUUCUCAGUUAAUGUCUCAGCUGAUGCCAUUCCAUCUUCGGAAGAUGAUGAUGAUGAUGAAUCAUCAUCUGAGGAGAAAGAAGAAACUUCCAGCAGUCAGAAACAAAUUCCUGUGCCUCCAAAAUGGACACAACCAGAAAAGUUGGAAAAAAAGCUCCAUGCUGUGCCAGCUGCCAAGACGGUGAAGUUUCGGUGCCCGGCAACUGGCAGUCCUACCCCUUCGUUGCGCUGGCUCAAAAAUGGGAAAGAGUUCAAGCCGGAUCAUCGCAUUGGCGGGUAUAAGGUGCGCUACCAGACAUGGAGUAUUAUCAUGGAAUCUGUGGUCCCUUCAGAUCGGGGCAACUACACGUGUGUGGUAGAGAAUAAAUAUGGAAACAUCAAUCACACAUACCAGCUUGAUGUUGUCGAGCGUUCCCCCCACAGACCCAUCUUGCAGGCUGGCCUUCCUGCCAACCGCACUGCCGUCUUGGGCAGCGAUGUCGAGUUUUUCUGCAAAGUCUACAGUGACCCACAGCCCCACAUUCAAUGGCUGAAGCACAUAGAGGUCAAUGGCAGCCGCUUGGGACCAGACGGACAUCCAUUCGUUCAGGUUCUCAAGCAUUCUGGGAUAAAUAGCUCAGACGCGGAGGUGCUGACCCUGUACAAUGUGACGGAGGAGGAAAGUGGAGAGUAUAUUUGUAAAGUUUCCAAUUAUAUAGGAGAGGCCAAUCAGUCUGCGUGGCUCACGGUCACCAGACCAGAGGCAAGAGAGGUGCAAGACCCUCCCUCGCCUAUCUCCAACCAGUUCUACUUUGAGGUGCUGAUCUACUGCGUUGGAGCCUUCCUCAUCUCCUGCAUGGUGGUCAUUGCCAUCAUCUUCAGGAUGAAGAGCACAUCCAAGAAGAGUGACUUUAAUAGCCAACUAGCUGUUCACAAACUUGCUAAGAGCAUCCCACUACGGAGACAGGUGUCUGUUGAAUCCAGCUCAUCUCUGCACUCUGGCGUCAUGCUUGUCAGACCAUCUCGCCUGUCCUCCAGUGGCACUCCCAUGCUUCCAGGAGUGUCUGAGUAUGAACUACCAGAAGAUCCACGUUGGGAAUUUCCACGUGACAGGUUAGUGCUUGGUAAACCACUAGGAGAAGGCUGUUUUGGUCAAGUGGUCAUGGGUGAGGCAAUGGGUCUGGACAAGGACAAACCCAACCGUGUGACAAAGGUGGCUGUCAAGAUGUUAAAAUCUGAUGCCACAGAAAAAGACCUAUCAGACCUGAUCUCUGAGAUGGAAAUGAUGAAAAUUAUUGGGAAACAUAAGAACAUUAUUAACUUACUAGGUGCUUGUACCCAAGAUGGUCCCUUAUAUGUUCUUGUGGAGUAUGCAUCAAAAGGAAACUUGCGUGAAUUCUUACGUGCACGACGUCCCCCAGGAAUGGAGUACUGCUACAACCCGAAUCAGGUGCCAGAGGAGCAGAUGUCUAUCAAAGACCUUGUCUCUUGUGCAUACCAGGUAGCACGUGGCAUGGAGUACCUCGCCUCUAAAAAAUGUAUUCAUAGAGAUCUGGCAGCACGGAAUGUCUUAGUGACGGAGGAAAAUGUAAUGAAAAUUGCAGAUUUUGGUCUGGCUCGAGAUAUUCACCACAUCGACUAUUAUAAGAAGACCACCAAUGGACGAUUGCCUGUAAAGUGGAUGGCGCCUGAAGCUUUGUUUGACAGAAUAUACACACACCAGAGUGAUGUUUGGUCAUUUGGGGUGCUACUAUGGGAAAUAUUUACUCUGGGUGGCUCACCGUACCCAGGGGUCCCUGUUGAGGAGCUGUUCAAGCUUCUGAAGGAAGGCCAUCGUAUGGACAAGCCAUCCACUUGCACAAACGAGCUAUACAUGAUGAUGAGAGACUGUUGGCAUGCCAGCCCUUCACAGAGGCCCACAUUUAAGCAGCUUGUAGAGGACCUUGACAGGAUUCUGGCAAUGUCUUCUAAUCAGGAAUACCUGGACCUGUCGGUACCUCUUGAUCAGUACUCCCCAACUUACACAGAAACACGUAGCUCUACCUGUUCAUCAGGAGAGGACUCCGUAUUUUCUCACGAUCCCACGGCAGAGGAACCCUGUCUAUCCAAAUGUCCCCAACAGCAGAAUGGUGUUGGUUUCAAGAAACGCUAAUUAUUUUUUUUUUCCUCCACUUCUUACUUGGGAUAAGCUUUUGACUCUGGCACAGAUUCCAGCCCAGUUUUUUUCUUUAAGACUCUCUUAAGUAAAAAAGGAGCUUACUGGAUAUAUAAAUAAUCCCAAGACAAAUGUGGAUUGAACAUAAACACGAAUGAUGGAACCUGGUUUCCAGUUCAGAAAAGUGGAUAAAGCAGUGUGGUGGUAGCCAGUCAGACUAUGAAUUUGUGGCUGACCAUCUCAGCUGGACCUUUCAGAAAGCUGGCACUUUCCUCUAGAUUGUUGCAGGACAUCACUUUCUGAUAUCUCUGCUGGAGAAUUCCAUGCCUGAAAGGAGCUAUAAGGAGAAUUUUCCAACUUGAUCAGUUUUACUCCUUGUGCUUUAUGAAGCCAGAUACAAAACGUCAAGGAAAACAUCAGCCCUGUCGACAUUUUUAUAUUUCUUUUUUUAUUAUUUGAUGCGUUAAGCACUGUGUUCCACAAACUGCAAGACUUUUUGUAAAUACAACUAGAAAUGUAUAAAUAUGAAUAUAUAUUUACACUGUACUAUUGUUUAUUUUUCUGUACAAGUUAUGUAACACUUUAAUCCAUUUUUGAAGUUUUCUCUUACACAAUAAUUGAAACUUCAUUAGCAUUAUGCUAGUCUUGCAUUGACAAGGAGCAGUCCAGUUACUUUUAAAUCGGGUGACACAGACCAGUCACAAUACAAGUGGUCUUGCUGAUUUGCUCUGGGGGUUUUCUCUCUGGCUUUGGCUUCGAUUCAAAUUUAUCUCAUACACACUCAUUGUAUGGAGUUUCUCCCCCUUUGCUAGUCUUGACAAUUACAAACACAAAGUUA